AUGUUGAUGUCAAUUAGCAAGGAAGACGGUCACUGGUACUGUUCCAAGGAAUGCGGCGGAAGCGACGUUCUGGCAACACACGACGUGGGAGUUCGACAAGUAGCAACACCAACAUCAACUACAACUACAACAGCAGCUACAGCUACUACAGGAAUUGAGGCAACGACAGCAACAAUGUCUUUGCAAGCAAAACCCGAAGCGGCUACUUUCGACGACAUUGUCAUAGAUCAGGUUGCGAUAAACCGGUUCACCAAGGCACGGGACAGGCUGACCAGACUUCGGUCUGUUGCUGGUGUUGUGAUCAAAGACAUUCCUGUUGACCUCUUGCGGAAAUUGGUGGGGGUAUCAAGACUGAAUCUCGGAUCGCCUACAGAAAUGAAGAAAGCAGACAUGAAGAAAGGAGAUUAUUGUGAAUUCAUUGCUACCAAAGUACAAGAAUAUCAAACUGCAAAAGCAAACAGAACGCUAGAAACAAUGUACGUAUGA